ACAGGGGAUGAAGAAAUUUUUGAUCUAGAAACAUUCAUCGAGUUGAACGAACGUGACUACUGCCGACUAAAAUUAACGACCAAAAUGAUCAAAAUAAUAGAAAAAAUCCAAUCACAAUUUAUAGAACAGUUACCUCAGCCUUCAACGGAUGAAGAAUGGAUCCAGGAGCAGGAGAUGGAUGUUGUAGAAACUCAAAAUAUGUGGGACACAGAACAACCGUAUCGAGGAAUUUCCUUGGAAGAGAUUAUUGAGAUUGAUCGAGUUUUUGAACGUACCGCUGAUGGCGUAGCAAUCAUGGAGGUGCUAAGAGAGAAUAAGAGACUCGAUGGUAGCUUCAUUAGGCGAAUUGGCACACUGUUAUGUGACUGUUUACAAGCGCUUUAUGGAUGCCGACCGAAUAACUUUCAUAAGAACCAAAUAGCUGUUUCUCUCGUCCAAUCAUAUCCAGCGCUUGCAGCGACUUCAGAGGUUCCACAGGGAUUGUGGUUUCAUGCUCACGCUAGAGGACUGAAUCGACAUGCGGGACGCCUUUAUUAUCGCAUGGAGUACUUGGCGCGUAAAUCAGAAGACCGUGUGUUCAAACGUCGCCGCCUGAAUGAGUUGCCAUCCUGCGGGAAUAUUUCUAUUACACCUUCAUCAGUGGAGUUCAACGAAAUUGAGCUUGAGGAGUUGAUACUUGAACUAAAAUACAUAGUCCCCAACCAGCGAACAAGAGCACGUAUUUUUGAAUUAUGGGAGAUCACUUUCGUUAGCAGACAUGGCAAUGGCACUGACUCAUCGUUUUCCAAGAUGUUUGCUACGUUUCCUGUACUGUCAGCAUAUAAAGGUGAAUUGAUUGGCCCGCAGCUACAGGAGAACUGCGCAGCACACGGUUCGGCCAGUGAACCUGGAAAGGUUCCGCGCCUAACCCGUAAAGGAGCAUCGACAACCUCGGUCAGCCGCGGUCAGGCCGGUUACGCCAAGGAGGGAAGACGCCUGCAAGAUUCGAUUCGAGCUCAACGUCUGAGUUAA